AUGGAUAAGCUAGCAAUCAACAUCACUUUUGAUGAGAACAACCAGAUCCGUGUCCUUGAGGCUGAUAAGUGCAGAGAGUCAGAGAACUUGAAGGGAGAAUGCAUGGACUUCCUGAAGAAAAUCGUCACUUUCAAUGACAACGUUGAGCAACUUAUUGUUAUCCUUGACGAACAAGCUAAGAAAAUAGAAGAGCAAAAGCUUAAAGCUGUGGGUGCUAGGAACAGAAUUGAGGGAGAAGAGGACAAUUGUAGGAAGAAGGAACAAGAGCUUAAGACCUUGAUUAAUGAGAGAAAGAUGGAGCUUGGCAGACUUAUCUCCGAACAUGAGUCUUUGAAAAAGAUUGAGCAAGAGCAAAAGAACCUCAUUGAUAAGUUAAGUAAUAAUGAAGCCUCUUAA